ACCUAGUAUGUAGGCCCCUUGUUUUCGCUCACCCACGGUCCCUCGCCCCUGGGAUAAAACAAUGUCCAGUUCUGCGCGUCACGCCAUACGCUGCAGAUCCAAGACGGCGAUUUGUUGCAGCAGUGCGCAACAACUUCAAGUAAUCGCACGACUCGUAGCUGGAAGUCACCACAACAGGACAUGGCCCACCCCCAAAUAUUCAUCUCUCCUCUGCCAGGGCGUCGACGCUUCUUCAGCUUCGGCUUCAGAGUCCAAUGAAGCAUUUGCACUUAUCGGUGCACAGCGACCAUGUGCAACGAACCCGUCAGUGCUGUGUGCGAUGUGCGCCCUUGUGCGCCCCGUGCAAUCAAUAACGGCAGCGGUCCCUGCCGCUGCAUAAAUAUCACUGCUUGAUGCUCGGCCGCCAGGGAUUUUCCUCUGGCGGUCCAGUAUGGUCUCCGUGCUCCUGCUCGCUGCCCUGCCCUUCGCUGCUGCGCUCCCGCACUCAUACUCAGCCUCGAUCUUCUACUUCCCCGAUGCAGCAGAGGUUGGAUUCGCCGGACCCACUCCCACUGGGGCUGAACCGGAGGCCAUCCAGACGGCACCUGCGGCACCUGUGAAGUCGGAUACGUACCCGCUCGUUGCGGAUGGCGCGGCGUAUAGCCCGUCGUUCAAUCCGAUGCGCUACUGGGGCAACCUCUCGCCGUGGUUCUCAGUCGGCGGCGCGUUUGGGUUGCCGGAAGCGUCCCCACAAGUUCCAUCUGGCUGCGAACUCACUCAGGCGCACAUCGUUCAGCGGCACGGCGCACGAUACCCCACAUCUGGCACGAACAAGUUCGCCGCGCUCUUGCAGAACGCAGUCGUGAACAGACCGGAUUCACCGCCAAGGGUCCCCUCGCUCGGCGCGGAGAUCCUUACGCCCUUCGGUAGGAAGCAGCUGUAUGACCUGUACGGACACCUGCUGAGUGGCUUCACGCAGCUUCCCGUGUUCCGCACGACCUCCGAGUGGCGGAUGGUCCAGUCCGCACGCAACUGGGCUGCAGGCUUCUUCGGUCUCGAGGAGUACCCCACGUCGUACUAUGAGGAGAUCAUCAUCGAGGAGGACGGCUAUAACAAUACGCUCGUGCCGUGGAAUGACUGUGCGAAUGCGAAUGGCGACCUAUACGAGAUGGGCAGUUGGUAUGCGAACAAUUGGACGGAGAUAUACUUGAAGGGCGCUGUGGAGCGGCUGCAGCAGUAUGUCGAUGGUGUGGAACUCACUACGACAUAUGUAUCGGAGAUGCAGGACCUGUGCGCGUACGAGACGGUGUCGAUCGGUUACUCGAAGUUCUGCGACUUGUUCACUGAGGAGGAAUGGAAGGGCUACCAGUACGCAAAUGACUUGGACUUCUGGUACGCUGACGGGCCUGGAACCCUACCGCUGCUUGCGCGUCUGACGCAGACACCUAUGACCCUAUUUGACACGACGACCAACGGGACGCUUGACGGGAACAACAUCACGUUCCCUCUCAAUCAACCGAUCUACAUGGACGCCACCCACGAUACUAAUAUUGCUUCUAUCGCCGUUGCUAUGAAUUUCACGAGCAUGGUUGCAAGCGGUCCGCUGCCAGUAGAUCACAUACCGCUUGAUUUGAGCUACAACACCCAACACAUCGCGCCCUUCGCCGCUCAUCUCGUAGGGCAAGUUAUGACUUGCCCUGUAACUGACAGUCCCUCCGGGUCUGAGAAGUACAUACGCUGGCUUCUGAACGACGGCGCGGUGCCCCUCACCGGUAUCAAGUACUGCGAGGAGCCCAAUAAGGACGGCCUGUGCCUGUUGGGCAACUUCAUUAAGGGCAUGCAGGAGCGCGUCGCGGAGGUUGACUUCCAGUACGACUGCUUUGGCGACGUGUCCGUGCCGUACCCAGAUAACUUGACGAAUGGAAGGUAUAUCCGAUAGCAUGGGGUGUGUUGCUCGGUUGAAAAAAAAGUAAGGGUAGAGUCGGUACCGUACAACAUUACGAUACUAUUCGCAUAACUUACCUGAAACCCGGAACGCGAGGGCAGUCAUAACACACCAAGUUGGGUGG